UAAUGGCGGAGUUGAAGAGGAAAAACAGAGGAGGAGGGAGCAGACAAAACAAAGGUCGAAAAGAUUUUAAGAAGAGAAAACAAAAUUCACAUGAAGGCAAAGAUGGUAGAAGAAAAGGUCCGCGUUUGCCUAAUGCUAUGUUAAAGGAGCUUCAAUUACCUAAAAGGUCCAAUGAAUACUCCGAUGAAGACAUUGCUUCUGAUGAUGAAGCUGUUAAUGAUUUUUAUGAAUAUGAAGAAGGGGUUGCUGAAGAAGAAUCCAAGAAAAAUAAACGAUUUGGCCCUGUUGAAAAUUUCCAGUAUGAGCUUCCUGAUGAUUUUGAGGAUGAAAAUGUAUCAUCAGACGAAGGAGAUGGUGAUGAAGACGAGGAUGGUCGGAGAGGAGAUGAUGAUGAUGAAGAGGACGAUGAAAGGCAUUCACGAUUGUUGCAGGAAAUCACUGGACUUCCCCCUGAUGCUUUUGAUGGUAAACUUAAGAAAAAUGAUGUUAUUAUAUCCGAGGCAUAUCCAGAGUCUGAAUAUAAUCCCAGUCGUGAUAUUCUGGAUGGAGAUGGCCGCAUUAGCGUCGAGGAUCUUCUCGGCCCUCUCCAGGGGAAGUCUGGCUAUAGCAAAGUUAGAAAGAGCAUGAGUCGGAUGGAGAAGAAGUCCAUACCCAUGCAUGCACCUCUUCCGAAACCAGAUCAACAGAGAUUGGAAAGAAAGGUAGCUUAUGAUUUUAGCAAGAAGGAUGUUACGAAAUGGGAACCUCAUGUCAAAAGAAACAGAGAAGCAACAACUAUCUAUUUUGACGAAGAUAGGGACGUGGGAUUUUCUACUGUAGGAGCUAUAGCUGCUGAAUUUGAACCACGAACUGAUUUUGAGAAAGAAAUUGCUUCUCUUGUUAAUGACAAUGAGAUCGUUGAAGCUCAUAAAAAAGAUGGUGCAAGGCUUCUUGAACUGAAUAAGAUAUCUGUAGAAGAUGUGAGGGACCGCCAAGACCAGCUUGCUAAGAUGCGUAGCCUUCUUUUCCGUCAUGAAAUGAAGGCAAAACGAGUCAAGAAGAUAAAAUCAAAAGUGUAUCAUCGUUUGCUGAAAAAAGAUAGAUUGAAACAAGCAGGUACUGCAGUUGAAACUGACCCAGAAGCAGCCAAAGAGCAGGCAAUGAAACAAGAAUUCAAAAGGGCAGAGGAACGCAUGACUCUGAAGCACAAGAACAGCUCCAAGUGGGCAAAGCGCAUCUUACAACGUGGCUUGGAUGUGCAAGACGAUGGAACUCGAGCCGCUAUUACUGAACAACUGAAUCAACAUGCCCUUUUGACAAGAAAAGCAAAUAGCAUGAAAGAGAGUAGUAGUAGUGAAGAAAGCAGUGAUGAUGAAGACCUUGAUGAGACUUCUGAUGGAUCAGAUCAGGAUGCUGCAAUAAAACUGUUGAAGAAAGCGAAGGACAAGACCGUUGAAGUUUUAGAAGGGGAUGAAGAAUUGCCAGCGUCAGGAGUGCUUUCUUUACCUUUCAUGGUCCGUGGAUUGAAAAGAAGGAAAGAAGCGGCCGAUGAAGAAGCAAAGCUUGCUCUAAAAGAGUACGAGUCAUCAUUGAAGGAAUUCGAAGAGAAGAACGAGCCAAAAACUCAAGGAACAAAUAUUUUGAGUGGUAGGAGAGUUUUUGGAGCUCAAAAAAUGCAGCAACUCGAACCCAAAAAGAAAGUGACAUCAGACAACUACUAUGGUGACAGUGAUAGUGAAGGUGAGAGAGAUGCCAGAGAAACUGGCAUUACUGCUCGUGAAGAAAAUAAUUUUCCUGAGAGGGAAGUUCAUUUUGAUCCCACUUCACUUCGUGAAGAGUCUGAGAUUGGUCACGAUUCCCUGUUUAAGAGUUUUGAGGACGUUGCGAGAGAACCAUGCCCAAAGACAUCAUACGAAGUUUCCAUUUUUGCAGAUGACUCUUGGAAAAAGCAAAGUCUUAUUGGUAUAUUUGGUGAACAGAUGAAUGAUUCUUCAAUUAAAGGGAAGCAGGCAAAAUCUGCAAAUGCAAAAAGUGCGAUGGCUUUACAGAUCACAGAACCUGUUGCGAGUGAACCUGAUGGAAAGGAAAUUGAUGAGGAUAGUGAUACAGAUAGUGGAGGAGAAAUGGUUGAUGGGAUUUUAUCUUCUGGGACUAAGUCCACAUAUGAAAUCCCAUCUCAGGAAGAACUUAUUCGGCGUGCUUUUGCUGGUGAUGAUGUUGAAGACGACUUUGAGAGAGAAAAACAAGAUGCCUUGAAUGAGGAAGUUCCCGAGCCUGAAAAACCCCUUUUACUGCCUGGUUGGGGCCAAUGGACCAAUAUACAAAAGAAGAGAGGUCCGCCUUCUUGGAUGCUUGAAGAACAUGAUAAUGCCAAAAAGAAAAGGGAAGAAGCUCUCAAGAAGAGAAAAGAUGCAAAUUUGAAUCAUGUUAUUAUCUCCGAAAAGAGGGACAAGAAGGCUGACAAGUUACACACGCCGACAUUACCUUAUCCAUUUACUUCCCAAGAAGUUUUUGAGCAGAGCAUUCGGAUGCCUAUUGGACCUGAAUUCAACCCCGUAACAACAGUUGGAGCUCUUACUCGGCCCGAGGUGGUAAAGAGGAAUGGUAUUAUCAUAAAGCCUAUCAAAUUCGAGGAAGUUGAUCCCCAUGGAAGAUCGGAGGACCACAAACGUGGUGGUAUGCAGAAAAAGAAGGGUGGUAAAAGUAAGGGUAACAAAGCCACGAAAAAGAAAACCGUGUAGAUUGGAAGCUAACUAUUUCGCGACCUUUGACAUUUUAAAGAAGGAA